AUGACGUCCCUGUGGCAGGAGGCAUGCCACGACCACCAGUGUGCCCUCCUGGUCCAGGACACCCUGGUCCCGGCACAGGUCCCUGCCCUGGCGGCCCUGCAGUCUGCCCACCUCCAGCUGGCCACGGGCAUCACCCCCACGGGCACCCCCCAUCGGGGCAUCACCCCCACGGGCACCCCCAUCCAGGACCACCUGACUGCCAUCAGAAGCACCAUCAUUAGAAGCACUCCAAGCACCGUGGAGACAAGGGUGGUGCCUGCUUCACUGCUCGGCGGUGUCACCUCUGCCCACCCCACCCCUCCUCACCUGGGCAGGGACCGGGUAUUUAACAGGUGCCCGGCACCGCGGGAGAGCCGCGCCAAGGACGGCGAUCGAGACCGCUGCCAGCGUCGCCAGGAGCUUUUGGGCAGGUUUGCUCGGAGACCACUGAGGAUGUGUGACCCCAACCAAGGCAUGCCACGACCACACCUUGCAGUGUGCCCUCCUGCCCCUCCUGGAUACCCAGGUCCCGGCACAGGUCCCUACCCUGGUGGCAUCGCCGUUUGCCCUCCUGCCUCUCCGGGAUACCCUGGUCCUGGCACAGGUCCCUGCCCUGGUGGCCCUGCAGUCUGUCCCCCGUGCCAGCCUCCAGCUGGCCACGGGCAUCACCCCCAUGGGCAUCACCCCCAUGGGCAUCACCCCCACGGGUGCCCCCCAUCGGGGCACCAUCCCCAUGGGCACCCCCAUCCAGGACCACCGGGAAUGCCGGUGUGCCCCCCUGACUGCCAUCAGAAGCACCACAAGAAGCACCAUAAGAAGCACCACAAGAAGCACUCCAAGCACCACGGAGGCAAGCACUGCAGUGGCUCAAGCAGCAGCUCAAGCAGCAGCUCUGACUCUGACUGAACAUUUGGCAUCUCCCACCUGCACAGAACUGAUCAGCAAAACACGAAGCCAAACGCCCUGAUGGAGUGCCCUGCCCUGCAUGUUUCUCCAUUCCCCUUCCCUUUCCCUCAGAGCAGUGUUUUGCCUGCUGAGUGAUUUACUUUGUAAAUGCUUUGCCCUGGAAUCUCUCAAGUCAACGGACAGCAUCUCCAUGGUCUGUCUUUUGGGAGGGCCUGCUGAAAAUCAUCCUCUGUUGGUUUACAAUCUGCUGGUGUCCGUGUGUUUUUUCCUGGUUAGCAAUGGUGCCGGCUGCGAACGUGGGUCCCACUGCCUGUUAAUGCUGCUCAUUAAAAAUAAUUAAAAAAAUAUAAAAUGAGACAAACUACAGGAUGUAGAGGCUUUUUCA